UCUCGCGCUCUCCAACGGUCACCCGGCUGCGUAACGGCACCCACUUUCCUCACAUCGUUUACUUCUUUAUUUCAAACAAACAAACAACUAACAGUAACAACAACAACAAAAGAGACCACUCGCUCUCUCUCUCUCUCCAUUUCUCCUUUACUUUUUCUCGUCUGCGGUCGUUCCGAGAUUAGCCAGAGACACAGAUACAGAGGGAGAGAGGAAGAGAAAGAGAGGAAGAGAGCAGGCUCCAGUUCGCGUCUGGAGCUCUGUGUUUGGACUAAAUCAAGGCUAACGCUGGCUGUUUGUGGCUCAGAGUGAAGAAAGAUAAACACUCCUCUGGAUUUUCUGACGGAUUUUUUCUUUCCCUUCCUGAGCGCUUGGUUCCCAAGGCUUUGCAGUCUUCUUUCAGGAUAUGUAAUGUGACCAAGUGCAACAGGAAAGGGAAAUUCGGAGGAGUUUUAUCUUUUCGUCCCUCUGGCCGGAGCAGCUCGUCCGCGUCAUCCUCCUUCAAGCGGUGGUCUCUGUACUAUUCACACCCUCUUGGGGGCAGAUGUAGUGUGAAAAGGGUGCAUGUCUAAAGGUCUAACAUCGUCAUGACACAAGCAUGACCCCAUCCGAAGAGUCUCCGCUCUGGUUCUCAACCCUGGGAUGUAAACUGCAGCAUGAACCUUUCGAACAGGUCUCAGGGGAGAAAAUGUUCCACUGACCUUCACAACUGCAACCUCAAGCUCUUCAACCACAGGGACCACUGCUUGAGCUUAGAAAGGUUGUGAGAGGUGAAUAGGAGACUCGCAGCGUUUGUGCCAUCGAGGCUGCUGAAGCACACGUGCCAACCAUCACGAUGCCAACCCUGCUGCUGCUCGCCUCCUUACUGCUUCUCACACACGCAGAGACACCACCAAAGUUUUUAAGGACCCCCAGCGACCAAACGGGAGUGCAAGGCGGCGUCGCUUCCUUCGUUUGCCAGGCCACGGGUGACCCGCGACCCAAAAUUGUUUGGAACAAGAAGGGGAAGAGAGUGAGCAACCAGAGAUUUGAGGUGAUAGAGUUCGACGAUGGCUCCGGCUCCGUCCUGAGAAUCCAGCCCUUGCGCACUCCACGGGAUGAAGCCAUUUACGAAUGCAUGGCCUCCAACAGCGUCGGAGAGAUCAGCGCCACCACACGUCUCACUGUCUUACGUGAGGACCAGCUUCCUCCUGGAUUCCCCACCAUAGACAUGGGUCCUCAACUGAAGGUAGUUGAGCGAACGCGCACCGCCACCAUGUUGUGCGCCGCGAGCGGGAACCCUGACCCCGACAUCUCCUGGUUUAAAGAUUUCCUCCCUGUGAACACCAGCAACAACAAUGGCAGGAUCAAACAGCUCCGAUCAGGAGCACUGCAGAUCGAACAGAGCGAGGAGUCCGACCAAGGGAAGUACGAGUGUGUCGCGACUAAUAACGACGGCACCCGCUACUCGGCUCCUGCAAACUUAUAUGUCCGAGUUCGCCGGGUCCCACCACGUUUCUCGAUCCCGCCCACGGAUAACGAGAUCAUGCCAGGCGGCAGUGUGAACAUCACCUGUGUGGCAGUGGGCUCACCCAUGCCCUAUGUCAAAUGGAUGCUGGGCUCAGAGGACCUGACCCCGGAGGACGACAUGCCCAUUGGGCGGAAUGUCCUGGAGCUCACGGACGUUCGGCAGUCAGCCAACUACACCUGCGUAGCCAUGUCUACGCUGGGUGUCAUCGAAGCAGUGGCACAGAUUACAGUCAAAGCUUUACCCAAGCCACCAGGUGUUCCCGUGGUGACGGAACGCACAGCAACCAGCAUCACCCUCACCUGGGACUCUGGGAACCCGGAGCCAGUUUCCUAUUACAUCAUUCAGCACAAGUCCAAAUAUUCGGAAGACUCGUAUAAAGAGAUCGACGGUGUAGCCACCACUCGCUACAGCGUGGGCGGCCUGAGUCCGUACUCCGAUUAUGAAUUCCGUGUGGUUGCGGUGAACAACAUCGGUCGAGGACCCUCUAGCGAAGCAAUAGAGGCCAAAACUGCUGAGCAGGCACCCAGCACGGCUCCUCGCCAAGUCAGAGGCCGUAUGCUAAGCGCUACGACGGCUAUUAUCCACUGGGAAGAACCCGAAGAGGCUAACGGUCAGAUCAUGGGCUACAGGGUGUACUACACCAUGGAUCCAAGCCAGCACGUCAAUCAGUGGGAGAAACAGAUCGUUCGGAAUGCUAACUUUCUCACCAUUCAGGGCUUGACACCUAAUAAGACAUAUUAUAUCAAAGUUUUGGCAUACACAUCUGUAGGAGAUGGACCUCUGUCUUCUGACCUGCAAAUCAUAGCCAAGACUGGAGUUCCAUCUCAGCCAACAGACUUCAAAGCUGAAGCCAAAUCUGAGACGAGUAUCCUGCUGUCGUGGGUCGCUCCUCCGCAGAGCGGACAGGACAGUCAAAUCGCCGGAUACGAACUGCUUUACAAGAGAAAGGAUGAAAAGGAGGAGAAACGUGUGAGCUUUGAACCCACCACCACCUACCUCCUGAAGGAUCUGCGGCCCUUCACCACUUACACCUUCCAGCUGGCAGCCCGGAGCAGGCAUGGCACCGGUGCCUACACCAAUGAGAUCUCAGCAGAAACGCCGCAGACACAUCCCUCAGCCCCGCCUCAGGAAGUGACAUGUUUUAGUUCCAGUUCGACCAGUAUUCUGGUAAGUUGGAAGCCACCACCUGUGGAGCUCCAGAAUGGGUUCAUUACCAAAUACACCAUUCAGUACGCUGCUACAGAGGGGGAAGACACCUCGUUACAGGAGAUCAAGGAAAUUCUGCCAGAAAAGUCACGAUACCUACUGGAAAACUUGGAAAAAUGGACGGAAUACCGCGUGACAGUUACCGCUCAUACAGAUGUUGGAGCAGGGCCGGAAAGCCUACCACAACUCAUUCGUACAGAGGAGGAUGUUCCCAGUGGCCCGCCUCGUAAAGUCGAGGUGGAGGCUGUCAACUCCUCGUCUGUUAAAGUGCUGUGGCGAUCGCCGGUGCUCAACAGACAUCACGGGCAAAUUCGCGGCUACCAGGUGCAUUAUGUCAGGAUGCUUAAUGGGGAACCAGUGGGCCAUUCUGCCAUCAAGGACAUCUUGAUUGAUGAUGCUCAGUGGGAGUAUGAUGACUCAACUGAAUAUGAAAUGGUCUUGACAGAUUUGCAGGCAGAGACCACUUAUUCAGUUACAGUGGCUGCCUACACGACAAAAGGUGAUGGAGCUCGCAGUAAGCCCAAAGUGGUCACAACCAUGGGUGCAGUUCCAGAGAAGCCUCGCCUGAUGGUCAGUCCCACUAACAUGGGCACAGCUUUGCUCCAAUGGCACCCUCCUUCAAAUACACAUGGGCCACUCCAGGGCUACCGGCUCCGCUUUGGACGCAAAGAUAUCGAGCCGCUGACGGUCAUCGAGUUUCCCGAGCGGGAGAACCACUACACCACUAAAGAAAUUCACAAGGGGGCGUCCUAUAUUUUCCGCCUCUCGGCUCGCAACAAGGUGGGCUUUGGUGAGGAAACGACUAAAGAGAUCACAACCCCCGAGGACACACCCUCUGGUUUCCCACAAGGCAUCGUGGCCGAGAGCGCCACCACGACUACCAUUCAGGUCACCUGGCAGCCCGUGCUACUCGCAGAGCGCAAUGGUGUCAUUAUCAAAUACGCCCUUCAAUACAAAGACAUCAACAGUCCCAGGAGUCCGUCUGAGCUUUUUAUCACUGCCCCCGAGUCCACCGUAAGCCUGGAUGGUCUUAGAGCCGACACUACUUACGAUAUCAAAAUGUGUGCCUUCACCAGCAAGGGCCCUGGGCCUUAUAGCCCUAGCAUCCAGUUCAGAACUCAACCACUCGAUCAAGCAGUGUUUGCAAAAAAUUUUCAUGUGAAAGCUGCCAUGAAGACCUCAGUGCUGCUUACCUGGGAGAUUCCAGACAACUACAAUCCUGCCCAACCAUUCACCAUUCUGUACGAUAAUGGCCAGAGCGUCGAAGUGGACGGGAAACUGACCCAGAAGUUGAUCACAAAUCUGCAGCCAGAGACGCAAUACUCUUUCCUCCUGACCAACCGGGGGAACAGCGCUGGCGGUCUGCAGCACCGCGUCUCCACCAUGACCGCCCCAGACAUCCUGCGCACCAAGCCUUACUUAAUCGGCAAGACCAACUCAGACGGCAUGGUCACUGUGGAACUGCCCUCCGUGCACACCACUGAGAAAGUCAAGGGAUACUACAUUGUGGUGGUCCCUCUGAAGAAACAGCGCCCUGGGAAAUUUAGCAAACCAUGGGACAGCCCAGACGAGAUGAACCUGGAGGAGCUUCUGAGGGAGAUAAACCGGACGAGUGGAGGUGUGCGUUUCCGAAGACAGGCCGAAGCUAAACCCUACAUCGCCGCGUUCUUCAAAGAGCUGCCUACUGAGUUCACCCUCGGAGACAACAAGAUGUACGGAGACUUCGAGAACAAGCAGCUGCUCAACGGACAUGAAUACAUCUUCUUUGUUCUGGCCGUGCUGGAGAUAUCCGAAAAUACCAUGUACGCCACAAGCCCGUACUCCGACCCGGUGGUUUCGGCCGAUAUUGACCCCCAGCCUAUCAUCGAUGAAGAGGAAGGCCUAAUCUGGGUAGUGGGGCCUGUCCUGGCUGUAGUCUUCAUCAUCUGCAUAGUCAUCGCUAUUUUGCUGUACAAGAGGAAACGAGCUGAGUCAGAGGCUCGGAAAGGCAGUUUACCCAACAGUAAGGAAAUACCGUCCCAUCAUCCCACCGAUCCAGUGGAGCUACGGCGUCUCAACUUCCAAACUCCCGGUUCCGGUGCCUCCGGUUACCCCAGUAACCUCCAUCUGUCAAGUAUGGCGAGCCACCCUCCGAUUCCCAUCAUGGACCUGGCCGACCACCUGGAGAGACUCAAAGCCAAUGACAACCUGAAGUUCUCACAGGAAUAUGAGUCUGUAGAUCCAGGCCAGCAGUUUACAUGGGAACACUCGAACCUGGAGGUCAACAAAGCCAAGAACCGCUAUGCCAACGUCAUCGCCUACGACCACUCGAGAGUGCUGCUCUCCUCCAUCGAUGGCAUUCCAGGGAGCGACUACAUCAACGCCAACUACAUCGACGGUUACAGGAAGCAGAACGCCUACAUCGCCACUCAGGGCUCACUGCCCGAGACCUUCGGCGAUUUCUGGAGGAUGAUCUGGGAGCAGCGCAGCGCUAACAUCGUCAUGAUGACCAAGCUGGAGGAACGCUCAAGGGUGAAGUGUGAUCAGUACUGGCCGAACAGGGGAUCUGAAACGUACGGCCUGAUCCAGGUGACGCUGCUGGACACAGUCGAGCUGGCCACGUACUGCGUCAGGACCUUCGCACUUUAUAAAAGUGGUUGUAGUGAGAAGCGGGAGGUGAGGCAGUUCCAGUUCACAGCGUGGCCUGAUCACGGCGUUCCCGAACACCCCACACCCUUCCUGGCCUUCCUGCGCAGGGUUAAAGCCUGUAACCCUCCAGACGCCGGGCCUAUGGUGGUGCACUGCAGCGCCGGCGUGGGACGAACCGGCUGCUUCAUCGUGAUCGACGCCAUGUUGGAGCGGAUCAAGCACGAGAAGACGGUGGACAUUUACGGCCACGUGACGCUGAUGCGCGCCCAGAGGAACUACAUGGUGCAGACAGAGGACCAGUACGUGUUCAUUCACGACGCCCUGCUGGAGGCCGUGACCUGCGGCAACACGGAGGUCCCCGCCCGCAACCUUUACGCCUACAUCCAGAAACUCACCCACAUCGAGACGGGAGAGAACGUCACGGGCAUGGAGCUGGAGUUCAAGCGUUUGGCCAACACGAAGGCCCACACGUCACGCUUCAUCAGUGCCAACCUUCCCUGCAACAAGUUCAAGAACCGGCUGGUCAACAUCAUGCCAUACGAGUCAACACGAGUAUGUCUGCAGCCCAUCAGAGGGGUCGAGGGAUCCGAUUACAUCAACGCCAGCUUCAUCGACGGGUACCGGCAGCAGAAGGCGUACAUAGCCACGCAGGGCCCUUUGGCUGAGACCACAGAAGAUUUCUGGAGGAUGCUGUGGGAACACAACUCCACCAUAGUGGUGAUGCUCACUAAACUCCGAGAGAUGGGCAGGGAAAAAUGCCAUCAGUACUGGCCAGCAGAGCGCUCUGCACGGUAUCAGUACUUUGUGGUGGACCCCAUGGCCGAGUACAACAUGCCUCAGUACAUCCUACGAGAGUUUAAAGUCACCGACGCCAGGGACGGUCAGUCCCGGACGGUGCGGCAGUUCCAGUUCACCGACUGGCCCGAGCAGGGCGUGCCCAAAUCAGGAGAGGGUUUCAUCGACUUCAUCGGCCAAGUGCACAAAACAAAGGAGCAGUUCGGCCAGGACGGACCGAUCACGGUGCACUGCAGUGCGGGUGUCGGGAGGACAGGUGUCUUCAUCACGCUCAGUAUUGUUCUGGAGAGGAUGCGGUAUGAGGGAGUAGUGGACAUCUUCCAGACGGUCAAGAUGCUGAGGACACAGAGACCAGCCAUGGUACAGACAGAGGAUCAAUACCAGUUCUGCUACCGUGCGGGUUUGGAGUAUCUGGGAAGCUUCGAUCACUAUGCAACGUAAGAGUCCGCUUCACCCCGAGGAGCGCCGAAGGCCGUCCAGAGGUCACUUCUUCUGAGCCAUAAAAUUCCUGCUUGUGAAAAGUACUUCUUAAAACUCCUAGUCCCAGACAUGAUUCGUUUGUUGGGUGUGUGGUGGGGGAAAAAAAUAAAUAAAAAAAUAAACGAAUUAAUUAAUUUAAAAAAAAAAAAAGAAAAAAAAAAAGGGCAAAACAAAAACACAAACCUAUGAAAUACCAGGUGGACCAAGAACCCCCUUUUCCCUCCAAAGUCCAAUAACUUCCCACUCCUGACUAGCAGACGUGUAUCCGGACUGCUGAAGCGUCACGUCGCUUCGAGGAUUCGUCUCGGAUUCGUAAACGUAAAUAAAAAAAAAAAAGAAAACGAAAACCCCGACAACAACAAGGUACCGCAUCGAUACGGACGAGUCGUCGUGGACCGUGUUGUAAAGAGACGAAACAAACGAUUACGAAGAGGGACAUCUCAUCUCAUCGACGAAGAGAAUCGAUCGAUGAAGGAAAAAAAAAAAACAACAACAACAACAACAAAAACACACAAACGGACGUAUGUAAUAGUAAUAAUAAAUCCCCUAUCUUGUCCCAAUGUUCGUCCUUCAGUUAGGGGGAGUGUACAAACACCAGACGAAUAAAGAAGUUAUUGAUUUAGUUUUUUAGUACUUUAUUACUCGACUGAAUGGUAAUUCAUUUUGAAACUAUGUGAAUUUUUAUUUGAUUUGAUUUGAUUAUUUUUAAAACAGGUAAUCACUUAACGUUAGUGCAACCCGAGUAUUAUCUCACUCUCUUUCCGUUCAUGUUAUUAUUUUUUUUAAAGCUGUUUUAAUGUAUACACAUAUACCUGUACAUCUGUGUUUUUGUUUUUUUUUUCUUUCUUCUCCUUCUCUCUCUUUUUUUUUUUUUUUUUUACUCGGUCAUAUACGGCACUUGCUGUGGUCCUGUAUUAACUCUAACCGAAUGGUUGACUUUGAUACAGGGUCUUAAUUGUCCAUGGUCACAUACACAAACGUCUGUAUUUCGUAUUUUUCGGGGACUCCGUGGAAUCAAAAGGGGAGGCACAGUAUGAAGUUGCUGCUACAGAAUAUCUUAGUUCUUCCAUGUUUAACAGACGAGCCUCCGAAAUGAGAGAGAGAGAGUAACAUAUAUGGUACACACACACAUAUAUAUAUAUAUAUAUAUAUAUAUAUAUAUAUAUAUAUAUAUAUAUAUAUAUAUAUAUAUAUAUAUAUAUAUAUAUAUACAUAUAUAUAAUUAGAACUAACACAGCAGCUCAUCUAUACAGUAUAAUGUACGUAUAAUAUUGAAAUAUUUAUUAAAGAAUUAUUAAUGAUGUAAAUGAUACAUACAUAUAUAAAUAUCAGAGAGAUAAAAUGCUACAUGAACGUUUCCACAAUGAGAUUUUGUCCUUUUUUUUUCGAGGGAAAAUGAAGAGAUCGUUCACUGGAAUGCACAUCAGUAGGUAAAAAUUCAAUCGUAUUUCAAUUCAGUGCAUCUUUUCUCGUGCAAUAAAUAGGUGUGUUAUAGAUUCGGGUGGGAAAAGGGACCGGUGUACGUCGCGAUGCCUGAACACGUGUCAUGUAUUCAGCUCCCGUAGAGGUUAAAGGUCAAACACGGCGAAGCGGCACCACAAUCAUCAUCUCGUUAAAUUAUAUAUAUAUAUAUAUAUAUAUAUAUAUAUAUAUAUAUAUAUAUAUAUAUAGGGCAAGGUACAAAAGCACCAUGAUAUUUUCGUUUUUUGCAUUUAGAGUGCCUUAUAUUUAUGCCUGUUCUCUUUUUUAUAAUAUUAAUUUACCAUGUACCGUUUUGAGUAGUCCAGUAUUUAUCUAUGUAUCACUCAUUUUAAUUUCCAUUAUAUGAGAUUAUAUAUGCAAAUAACGUCCAUCGGUCCUGUUUUCUUUCCUGAGGCCUUACUCCGGCUCAGUGAACGGGCGAAAAAGGUGAAUUAGUUGGUAUAAUAUGUGACUAUCGUAUUCUACGCUUUACAGCUCAGUCGCAGCAGGAGGUCCAGAUGAGCUGUUCUCACUAGUUCUGUUUCUCUGAAGACCAAACCGUCACGGUGGAACAAAUCUCGCUGUUUCGAGACAGUCUCCGGAGAGAGGGGCGCACAGUGUACACUCGAACCGAAAGGGAACUCGCUGAGCCUUUUUUCGCCUUGUCGUUAAAUACAGGACAUGGAGACUUGGUACCUAUGAAAUAAUAAUAAUAAUAAUAAUAAAACAAAACACUCAUUGGAAGCAUGUGUGGAAAGUUGUAAACGGUGAGGGGCGGGGUUAGCGCUCAGAGCUAUUCGCUAUUGCGGUUCCUUUCCUGUGAGUUAUGACGCGGACUAGCUUCGUUAAUCUCGACAAUCUUGUAACAUACUAAGCGAUGGACCUGCGAUGAUCUUUUAUUGUGUAACAUAGCGGACGUGAUGUUCGAACUUUUUGCUGGUUUUUAUUUACGUCAAUCGUCGGGCUUGUGGAUGUGCAUUCCAGGUGCUUUCUUUCCCUUGUCUCAUUUCAAACAGUUCUCUUUGGGUUUGUCCCCACCCCCCCACCCCGCCAUCUUUUAUGUCGAGACAGCCGCCAAGCUACAAAGUGCUAUUAUUUAGCUUCACAUAAAUGUCAGCGCCACCUAGUGUCAUCGUUAAGUAUUUUCACAAAAUUUUCACGGAUGUCUGUGUUCAACAGGGUGUUGUUUUUUUUUCCGUUUUUUUUUUCUUCAUUUUUUAAAAAACUUUUUUCCAUCCUCAACCUUAUUUCAAUAUGCAUGGGAAGCUUCGCAGAGGGCCAAUGGAGGCCUGGUAGGAAGAAUUGCACUUUCUCUAUCUUUGUACUAUGCACUGCCCUAUUGAUUCUAUACCCAAUAAUGUAUUACUUGAAAGCAUCUGUAAGAAUUCUCCUUCAGCGUUCAUGUUGUGUGUAUGUAAAUAACACAAACUGAUGGGAUGGGAUGGGAAGGGAGGGGUGGGGUGGGGGUGGGGCGUGAGGUCUCGCAUUUAAAAAAAAAAAAAAAAAAAAUGUGGCAAAAAAAACGCAUCCUUACUGGUGCCAUGAGAUCUUCAGCAGGAGAUUUUUUGUUUUUGUCCCCUUCAUAAGUUUUGUGGCUUUGCCAUUCAAGACUGGAGUGUCAUAACAGAAAUCAACGUGGUGUUCUCUGCUCUCUCUCUCUAUCUAUCUCACGUCUGGAUGCAUAGAUUGAAAUUAAUGAAUUCAAUUGUAAAAAAAAAAAAGAAAAGAAAAAAAAAAACGAAAAAAAAAAUGGCUUGUUAAAAAGAAUCAUAAAAAAUUACCUCCGAUUAGUUGUAAGCGUAAUUUUUGUUUCUUUUAUUUUUAUUUUUUUGUUGUUGUUUCUUUUAUCCCCCCCCCCCCCCCUGAACGAAUGGAGUGCUUUUUAUUUUCUUACAUAGGUUCUAUUGGUGGCGGAAGACGUCUGUACGACGAGCAGGUCUUUGCUGACUCAAGGUCCAUUUGUUAUAAAUGAAUUCUAUUAAAAAAAUGUAAGUGUUAUGAA